CCAUCACCUCCUAUCUCCUCUCCAGCUUGCCCUGGAUCCACUAUCUGUGACCCCAGCACCCUGCUGCCAGGACAACUGCCAUACACCACAUAGCCAUGGGCCGCAGAGCAGGUGCCUUGGUGAGCCCCGGCCUCACCCUCCUCGUGUGGCUCACUGCCCACUGCCCUCGUCCCCAGGGAGAGUCGGACGCCAGCAGGGCUGACCUGUGGGCCAGUGCCAACACCUCCAUCCUGCAAGGCUUCUGGUGCCAGCCGGCCAGCCAGCUGCCCCGGGACCAGCUUUCGGCUCUGAUCAGGAGGAUGGACUCACAGCAGGUGCUCCUCAAAGCCUGGCAGCUCAGCUGCCUGGCCAACCUGGCUACCUGGCAUGGCCUCCAGGAUGACUUUGCACUCCACCCCCCCGACCUGCUGCUCUUCUACAACCUGACACAGGUGAGGAAAGCUGACCGCCGGGCCUUCACACGCCGCGCCGCCCAGGGGCACACGGAGCUGCUGGCCAACCUGCCGGACCAGAGGGCCGCCCUGCAGCAUAUGGCCCUGGCCUGCCUGGGGGGGCCACACCCCCGGCUCAGCGCCUCCGACCUGCUGUUCCUCGGAGUCCUGGUGUGCGACCUGGACGCAUCCCGCCUCGUGGCCGCAGACCCCUGCGUGCUUCAGAAUCUGCAGCACUGCCCCCGGCUGACCACCACCCAGCAGGCUGCCCUCAACACACUACUGGCCAGUGGGAGGACCACGCUUGGGCCCCCGGGCUCCUGGAACGUCGAGGGGUUGCAGGCUCUGGGACCCCUGGCCACCUACAUCAGCCCCGGCCUGUGGGUGCAGGUUCGGGAGGUCGUGGGCCUGGACUUCUUUGGCAGCAUGGUGGCCAUGUGCCGGGCAGGCCAGCUCAGCCAGCGCGAUGCCAGGCGCUUCGUCACGGGCUUCCUGGAGGCCGAGGCCAAGGUGGCGCCCCUCCGGCCCAAGCGAGGCACAGCCACAGGGAGCCCCUGCACUCGUGGCAGCAUCUCCGCAGCCACGCUGCGCGACGACCUCUUCCUGGUGCGCUAUAGCUGCUCACAGCUCGAGGGCUGCCUGGGCGGCCAUGUGCUCAGGGCCAACCUGGAGCCCUUGCUACAGCAGCCCCUGCCCGCCGAGUGCCAGCGCGUCGUCAAGGCCAAGCUGGCUCGAAUCUACCCGAGCGGGGUCCCCGAGGAGCAGCUGCGGGUCAUCGCCUCGCUGGUGUACCUCUACUCUCGCGCCGAGAUCGGCCAGUGGAACAUCACCUCCAGGGACACAGUCACGGCCCUGCUGGCCCCCGAUGUGGCCCUGGACAACCAGACCGAGGCUGUGCUGCAGAAGUUCCUGGACCAUAAUGGCACCCUCACCGGACCCCUGCUCGUAGCCAUCGGGGGUGCCCGUCUCUGCUGGAUGAGCCCCCUGCAGAUUCGGGCCAUCAGGGCCUCGGAGUUCCGGCUGGCCGGGGCCCUGGACAUCUCCUCCUGCCCUCAGAGCCGGAAGGACGUGCUCUAUGCCAAGGCCCGAGAGGCCUUCGGCAGUGCCGGGACCACAGCCGCCUACUACCGCUUCAUGCGCCCCUACCUCGGUGAGACCCUGCCCAGCAUGCGGGGCUCCCCUCCUCUGGGGCGCCGCCCGCCCCCUCUCACCGCUGCCCGGCCCCUAGGCGGAGCCCCCGCGGAGGAGCUGCAGCACCUGGCCCAGGCGAACGUCUCCAUGGACAUUGACACCUUCACCAACCUGAACCCCCAAGUGCUGCAGAGCCUGAGUGUGGGCAGUGUGACCACGCUGCUGGGCCAGAACGUGGGGGACCUGCAGAAGGCCCGUAGCCACCCAACCGUCAGCUCCUGGCUCCGCAGCCUCAACAGGUCAGCCCUGGGCGAGCUGGGCCUGGACACGGACGCCACUGGCCCCACCGGCCCAGCCCGCUCGACCACCAGGACCCCCAACACCACCCCUUGGGGGCCCCAUCCAGCCCCCACCACAGGCCGGCCCGGGAAUGCUGCCUCUACCUCGGGCAGCCCACCAGCCCACCCAGGGUGCCUGCCACUCGCCGUGGCCCUGCCCUCCGGCCUCCUGUGGCUGCUGUACUGGGGCACCCGGGGGCCCGGCCGGGAUUGCUCCCAGGGCACCUGCACCACGGCCUCCAGAGAUGGUGCUUCCCCAGCCCCACAUGCAGGGAAACCAGGGCCAGCGGGUGGAGCCACACCCCUGCCCAGACCGAGGGGCCGGGCCUGAGGAUGGACUGAGGAUGCCGGCCCGCUCAGGGCCACACUGCCCGGCCUCUGGCCUCCUGCAAGGAGAAGGGCUGGGGCUGGCGGGGGGCUUCGCUGACUGACCUGAAUAAAGGACAAGGG